GCGCGCUCCCAGUCUCCGCCACCCACCAGCUCCGGCACCAGCAGCAGCGCCGCCGCCACCGCCCACCUUCUGCCGCCGCCGCCGCCACAGCCACCUUCUCCUCCUCUUUCCUCUUCUGUCCUCGCCUUCUGUCGAUCAUCAGGCUUUGAACCAGUAUGGCUGAACCCCGCCAGGAGUUUGACACAAUGGAAGAUCAUGCUGAGGGCUACACUCUGCUCCAAGACCAGGAAGGAGACAUGGACAAUGGCUUAAAAGAGUCUCCCCCACAGCCCCCCGCCGAUGACGGAUCGGAGGAACCAGGGUCCGAGACCUCUGAGGCUAAGAGCACUCCAACCGCUGAAGACGUGACUGCACCCCUAGUGGAAGAGAGAGCUUCCGACAAGCAGGCCGCUGCCCAGCCCCACGCGGAGAUCCCAGAAGGAACCACAGCUGAAGAAGCAGGCAUUGGAGACACCCCGAACCUGGAGGACCAAGCCGCUGGGCACGUGACUCAAGAGCCGGAGAAGGUCCAGAAUUUCCCAGAAAGUUUGCUUGGCGAGCCAGGGCGCCCUGAAGGCCAGGCUCCAGACUCAGGGAUCUCUGACUGGAUCUGCCAACCGGUGCCUAGUGUGCCUGGGGCUCCCCUCCUGCCACAAGGCCUCAGAGAGGCUACGUGCCAACCUUCGGGGACAAGACCUGAGGACGUAGAGAGAAGCCACCGGCCCUCUGAGCUGCUGCAGCAAGAGCCUCCUUUGAAGGAGGGAUGGGGCAAAGACAGGCUGGGGAGUGAGGAGGAGGCGGAUGAAGAUCUAGACGUGGAUGAAUCGUCCCAGGAGUCCCCUCCCUCCCAGGCGCCCCUGGACCCAGGCAGGGCAGCCCCUCAGCCUGUCUCCAGGGAAACCACCGGCACGCCUGGGCUCCCAGGUGCCGUGCCACUUCCUGUUGACUUCCUCUCCAAAGUCUCCACAGAGACCCAGGCCUUGCAGCCCGAAGGGCCUGGCACAGGGCCCAUGGAGGAAGGGCACGAGGCUGCCCCAGAGUUCACAUUCCACGUGGAAAUCAAAGCCAGCAUGCCGAAGGAGCAGGAUUUGGAAGGGGCGACAUUGGUGGGGGCCCUUGGAGAGGAGCAACAGGCCCAGGGCCCCUCUGUGGGAAAGGACACCCAAGAGGCUAGCCUUCUGGAGCCAUCCGAGAAGCAGCCCGCAGCUGGACUGCCGGGAAGGCCAGUCAGUCGGGUCCCUCAACUUAAAGCUCGAGUGGCCGGUGUCAGCAAAGACAGGACUGGAAGCGACGAGAAGAAAGCAAAGACAUCCACACCCUCCUGUGCUAGAACCCUGAGCAAUAGGCCCUGCCUUAGCCCCACACGCCCCAGUCCUGGUAGCUCAGACCCUUUGAUCAAACCCUCCAGCCCUGCCGAGUGCCCUGAGCCAGCCACCUCUCCUAAACACGUCUCUUCUGUCACACCCCGAAAUGGCAGUCCUGGAACAAAGCAGAUGAAACUCAAGGGGGCCGAUGGUAAAACUGGAACCAAGAUCGCUACACCUCGGGGAGCAGCCCCUCCAGGCCAGAAGGGCACAUCCAACGCCACCAGGAUCCCGGCCAAGACCACGCCCAGCCCAAAGACCCCUCCAGGCUCAGUUUCCAAGCAAGAGCAGAGAAAACCACCCCCUGCAGGGACAAAAUCUGAGAGAGGUGAACAACCAAAAUCCGGAGAACGCAGCGGCUACAGCAGCCCCGGCUCCCCUGGGACCCCUGGCAGUCGCUCCCGCACCCCAUCCCUACCGACGCCGCCCACCCGGGAGCCCAAGAAGGUGGCAGUGGUCCGCACUCCCCCCAAGUCGCCCUCUGCCAGUAAGAGCCGCCUACAGACCGCCCCUGUGCCCAUGCCAGACCUGAAGAAUGUCAAGUCCAAGAUUGGCUCCACUGAGAACCUGAAGCACCAACCAGGAGGUGGCAAGGUGCAGAUAAUUAAUAAGAAGCUGGAUCUUAGCAACGUCCAGUCCAAGUGUGGCUCGAAGGACAAUAUCAAACACGUCCCGGGCGGCGGCAGUGUACAAAUUGUCUACAAGCCAGUGGACCUGAGCAAGGUGACCUCCAAGUGCGGCUCCUUAGGCAACAUCCAUCAUAAACCAGGAGGGGGCCAGGUGGAAGUAAAAUCUGAGAAGCUGGAUUUCAAGGACAGAGUGCAGUCGAAGAUUGGUUCCUUGGAUAAUAUCACCCACGUCCCCGGAGGAGGGAAUAAGAAGAUUGAAACCCACAAGCUGACCUUCCGGGAGAAUGCCAAAGCCAAGACAGACCAUGGAGCAGAAAUCGUGUACAAGUCGCCUGUGGUGUCUGGGGACACAUCUCCACGGCACCUCAGCAAUGUGUCCUCCACGGGAAGCAUCAACAUGGUGGACUCCCCGCAGCUUGCCACACUAGCCGAUGAAGUUUCCGCUUCUUUGGCCAAGCAGGGUUUGUGAUCAGGCCCCUGGGGCAGUCAAUAAUCGUGGAGAGAAGAGAGAGUGAGAGUGUGGAAAAAAAAAAAAAAAGAAUGAUCUGGCCCCUCGCCCUCUGCCCUCCCCGCUGCUCCUCACAGACCGGCCGACCGGCUUGUCACCUAACCUGCUUUUGUGGCUCGGCUUUGGCUGGGGACUUCAAAAUCAGUGAUGGGAAUAAGAGUAAAUUUCAUCUUCCAAAUUGAUUCGUGGGCUAGUAAUAAAAUAUUUUUUAAGAAAAACAUGUAAAAACAUGGCCAAACCCAACAUUUCCUUGGGCAAUUGCUAUUGAUUUCACCCCCACCCCCACCCCUUUUGAGUCUUAGAGGGUGAAGGAGGCUCUGAAGGUUGUUUUCUGGGGAGUUUUAAGGGACUAGGGCAACUGAUUGCCGCAGCCCCACCCUAGGGGCAUCAGGGACAGCAGCAGCAACAAAAGAUUAGGAACUUGGUGUGUUUGUGGAGCUAUAGGCAGGCAGGCGAUGCUAACGUGUGUGGUUGUGAAGCGGGGCUGAGGCAGCAAAGGCUGAGAGAUAGGUGUCAGGGAAUCAGAGGAGAGAGGGGAGGAAGACAGGCUCCUGCCAAGUCGCUUGGGAAGAACAGGUAGCCCCAGCGGCCUGCAGCAGCCUUAGAAGGCACAACUGCCUGUUUGGUAAGGCCCUGGGGAGUAUGUGCCCCUUCUGUAGGGCAGCCCAGGCUGGAAGGUGGUACCUUGUUGCUUGGUUCUCUGAAGGCUGACCUUGACAUCACAGGGCACUGGUUUAUACCUCCCUCUCUGUAGGGUGGGAGUCCUGAGCUGAGGGGCUUCAUUCUCCUCUCACAGAAAACCCUGCUUUACUGAGUUCUGAAGUUUGGAAUUGCAGCCAUGAUUUUGGCCACUUCACAGACCCGGGACUUUAGGGCUAACCAGUUCUUCAUAAGGACUUGUGCCUCUUUGGGGACAUCCGCCUGUUCUCAAGCUUGGUCCUCUGGCAUUUCUGCAGGGUGAGGGAUGGAGGAGGGGCAGACAGGCCUCCCACCCCUCCCACAGCCACUGCAGCUCCUCCACCUGUCCAUCACACCCACGUGUCUGCCGAGAGCCAGUCUCUGCCGUUCUCUCAUCCCGUCUCACUGUCCUGAGUGCUUAGCCUCCCCGCCCCCAUCCUGGCCCUGGGUAGAUGUGGGUAGUACCUGCUCUACACUAAGAGCUGGAGUCCAGGGAGAGCAAAGAUUUGAAGCUCAGUCUCUAGUCCUACAUCCCACAAAUCCAACCAGUGUGCCUGGAGAUGACCCUGGACACUUCUGUCUGCUUUUUUUUUUUUUUUUUUUUUUUUGUUUUAAACUUUAAAUAGUGGUUGCCUCCUAGGUAGGCCUGGCCCUCUUCUCGUGUUGAGCUGGAGGCAAGUCAGGUGCCAAUGUGUUGGCACCAGUAAGAGCAGACAAGACUCCCAGGGCAGGGCCACGUUCCUCUCAUCCUUCUUUUCCACCCCAGCUUGUGAUUGCUAGCCUCCCAGAGCCCAGCCACCAGUAAGUCCCCGUGCACAUAAUCAGCCCUCCACACCCCAACUUGGGGAACAUACCCCCUGGGAAUGUUUUCCUCCAAUCCCCAUGGAAGCGGUGCUGCCUGCCCUGCUGGAGCAGUCAGACAUCUUCAUAGAUACAGCCCUUCCCUCCCCGUCUACACCCUGUGCGUUGUAGUUGGAUUUGUCUGUUUGUCUGGGUUCACCAGUGACUAUGAUAGUGAAAAGAAAGGAAAAAAGAAAAAAAGAAAAAAAAAAAAAGGACGCAUGUAUCUUGUAAUAUUUGUCAAAGGGGUCUAGCUCACCACCAGGGAUGGAGGUCCUGGGUAUUUCUUGGCUCCACUGGGACUUGGCUCCAGGCCAGUGCAGUGCUUCCCUGCUAGGACAUCCUAUGUUUUCAAAGUUUUCCUCUGCAACUGGGACCUCACAGACACUGGAUUGUGACACUGGAGGUCUCUUAGCUGCCCGGGCCUGAAGCACAGGACCAGAGAGACUCCACCUGUCAGGGAGCGCUUCCUGCUGGCCUGUUUUGCAGAGUGAAGAUGGUCCUGCCUAAUCACAGCCUCACGUCCCACGGCAGCCCUGAAAGAUGGGCUGAUAACUACUGCAUCCCGAGAGACAAGGGCAUCAGUGUCAGCUGCGAGAGCUGUGGCCCUAGAAACCCCAUGGUUCUCCAGAAGACAUCUUUGGGCCCUCUCCAAAGCCUCGGCUGCCUCACCACAGGGCUUGGGAUGAACUGCCCCACUGAGGAAGGGGACAUUGUAGGAGACUCCCUUGGUGUCCGAGGUGUCAGCCCACUGACCUUGCAUGAGCAUCUCCUACAGCUGCAGGGAAGAGGCCUCAGGAGAAGCAUAGGAGCCUCAGGCCCAAUUCUAUCACUUCUGGCUUGGAUACAGUUAAGGAGUUAAGGACAGACUCUGUGGAUGGUAGAAGGAAGCAGCCAGCCUUUCCCAUUAAAGAACAACCUAUGGAGAAGCUCCCAGCUGCUGACGGGCCCAAUGGAGAAAAGGGAAGUGUGGCUUGAAGCAUUGCCCCUUCAUCAUGGCUACCUAUUCUGGUUUUUAUCUUACUUCCCAUUGUCCAUUCUGCAGUUCCUGUCCUUGAAUGGGGACACUGAAAUAUCUCUUGUAGGGAGAACAGCCCCAAAAUAAUUAUUUGGAGUUAUCAGGUCAGUGCUGGCUGAUAGGCAGUUUACAAUGAGAGUCUGGCUUGUGACUUCAGUGAGGACAAUCCCCCAGGGGCACAGCACCUGUCCUUUCUUCCCAUGCCUCCCUAGUCCAGAGCUAAUGUCUUACUUAGGGUGGGCUAGAUAGGGUAUACCAUAUGCCUGGUUCCUCCAAGCUCUUAAUUCACUUUAUCAAUAGUUCCAUUUAAACUGACUACAAUGGUAAGACUGUAUCCUGUUUGAGAUUGCUUUGUGCUAUGGGGGGGGGGGGGGGGGGAGGAGGAACAUGUUAAGAUAUUUCACAUGGGCAAACGGAAGCCUUGGAGUGUAGCCAUCUGUAACCUUCAUGAUUAUGACCACUUCCUAGAGAUAAGUGCCAUGGCUUUAGCCUAGAGGCUUGUGACAGGCUUUCCCAAGGCAGAGACAGCCAGCUAGUUCCCUGCCUUCCCAGCCAGGUGUAGCUCCCAGGUUUGUGUAGGAAUCUAUGAACUACUCUUGUCUGCUGCCUUCUUUUGGUGUCCAGAGCCCACCAUCCUGCCUCUUUAAAACCCUGGCUUCCUUCCCUCUAAGUCACUGGCACAUCAGUUACCACUUCUGGACUGGCUUCAGAUCCACAGCCUACAACUGCUAGCAGUAGCCAAGACCUCUUCCUUUAGUCUGUUCUCCAGUGAAAUAAGUGGGGCCCAGGGCAGAGGUGGUAACCAACUAUAGGACUAUGGUUUUAUGAGCCUCCAAACUUCUCUCUGGCUUCUGGAAGGGUUACUUUGGACAGUAUCUCAGUCUCACCCUCCUGAUGGAUUGUAGCCUGUGCAGUUACUGUGCUGGGCAUGAUCUCCAGUGCUUGCAAGUCCUAUGAUUUCCUUGGUGAUUUUGAGGGGGUGGGGGAGGGACAUGGAAUCAUUUUAGCUUAGCUUCCUGUCUGUGAAUGUCCAUGUAGUGUAUUGUGUUUUAACAAACGAUUUACACUGAUUGUUGCUGUAAAAGUGAAUUUGGAAAUAAAG